AUGGAAGACCCGGAACUGGAAUACGACGACUCGGACGACGCAAGAUAUGAUGAUGAGGACACGGAGUGGGACAGUGGGGAGGACUGUCAAGAAGACGGCUAUGAGGAUGGGACCGAGAAUGAAGGCAGAGGUGGUGAAGGUGACGGUGACGGCGAUGGUAUGUGCUCUCCCAGACUGACUCCCACUCAACCUCAACCCGAAGCCAUACCAACUGAGCGACCAGAUUCACAGCCACACACCCGCUCCGGGUCUACAGGCCAGCCCCCGCUUCGCCCACUACCCAUUCUCAGACCCGAAGCGAAGAAUGCAACCACCUACGAGAUCACACCCUAUGUCGCAGCUCCUCAGUCUACGAGCAUAAAUGCCUUUUGCGCUACGCCUUGUAUGCGUUGGGUGUUUACCGGCGGUAGUGAUGGCUAUAUUAGGCGAUUCGACUGGUUUGGGAGCAUUAAUGGCAAAGUGCCCUUGACAGUUGCACAGCGUCACCAAUUCACUGACAGUGCAACAAGAGCUGGAGUUCUGUUGUCUUAUUGGGGAAACGAGGAACCAAUAGAAUUAAGCCCAGUCUACAGUCUGGCUGUUCAAAAUCAGAGCCUAUGGCUGCUCAGUGGACUUAAGAGUGGCGGCAUAAACCUCCAAUCGGUUCGACACGACGAAGGAAAAAUUAUAACCACACUCCGGAAACACAACUCGGCUGUCAGCGUGCUUACACUUGCCAGCGAUGAGAAGUCUGUUCUUUCUGGAGGUUGGGACGGAGCAAUCUACGACUGGGAUCUAAAUACUGGUCAAUCCCGCCGAGAAUUUCCCUCUUCCUCAGGCCAGAUAUCAAGUAUAGCCUUCCGGCCAAUAUCCACCGAAUCUCAAGAGAUCAGGAACACUCCUUUGAUCAACGGUGUAUCUCGAGCUGGAGACAAGGGUUUAUCCAAUGGUACCUGCACGAGGGAAGAGGAUGAGAUGAGUAGAGCUAUUACAAACGGGGUCUGCAGUGAUCCGCCCCCCCCAGAGAAUUUUAGGGAGGACCAAAGAACCAACAAUGGUGAUACGAUCAUGACCAACGGUGUCACUAGAAUACACACCGAUGAGACAUCCGGAACCAGAAAUGGUUCCGCUAACGGCAGUCUUGGGACUUCUAAUGACUUCCUUCCACCCGCAUCGACUGACUGGCCACCAUCCUCGACCGACAAGAAUGUGUUCCUAGCAUCUUCCAUGGAUGGCACCCUUCGUAUAUGGGACAUCAGAAAGCCCAACCCUAUAGCAGUCAGCACUCCCUCCACAGGAGUUCCACCUUGGUGCAUGGACUCUUGCUGGAGCAGGGACGGGAACUUUAUCUAUGCGGGACGACGAAACGGCACAGUUGAAGAAUUCAGCGCCCAUAAAGGGAUCGGGGAAACAACGAGGAUAAUGAAGUUCCCAUUGGGAAGUGGUCCAGUAUCUGCACUGGCCCCUUUGCCGAACGGAAGGCAUUUAAUUUGCGCAUCAUUCGACAACCUACGAUUAUACGACCUUAGUGAGGAUGCAUCGAGGCACUCGACUCUACCGUUCUAUAUUAUCCCGGGUCACCACGGAGGUGUUAUUUCAUCAUUAUAUGUCGAUGCUACCGGCCAAUACCUAAUAUCGAAUGCCGGAAACCGAGGGUGGGGGGGUACAACAACAGAAGCCCUUCUAGGUUAUGAGAUUGUGAGCGUAUUAUCCUAA